UUGCCCAACUGCUCCAACUGCUCCUGGUACCUUGACCUGGUAGAUUGGUUCAGUUCCUGGAUAAUGUGCUAUUAAUAGCUGUCCUGCAGCAGGUACUUCAUCAGGAAUUACUGGUGCUUCUGAUCUCUUCUGCAAAUCUUGUCCUGGUACUCCUAAUGGCUAAGUUCAAGCUAUCUAUGCUAAUUUUGCAUAAAAUGCUUGUGUUGCUGCAAGUGCAAGUUGUAGUAAUACAAGAACUCCUAAUACAUGGAAUAAUGCAGAUUGCCUUAUUUGUCAUGGAACUAGCGCCAAAUAUGCUAAGGGGGAUGGAUCUGAUUGCUAAGCAACUCCACCUGGUGCUGAUGUUACUUGCUCUACUAAUGCAUGUACAAGUUGCCCAACUGCUCCAACUGCUCCUGGUACCUUGACCUGGUAGAUUGGUUCAGUUCCUGGAUAAUGUGCUAUUAAUAGCUGUCCUGCAGCAGGUACUUCAUCAGGAAUUACUGGUGCUUCUGAUCUCUUCUGCAAAUCUUGUCCUGGUACUCCUAAUGGCUAAGUUCAAGCUAUCUAUGCUAAUUUUGCAUAAAAUGCUUGUGUUGCUGCAAGUGCAAGUUGUAGUAAUACAAGAACUCCUAAUACAUGGAAUAAUGCAGAUUGCCUUAUUUGUCAUGGAACUAGCGCCAAAUAUGCUAAGGGGGAUGGUUCUGAUUGCUAAGCAACUCCACCUGGUGCUGAUGUUACUUGCUCUACUAAUGCAUGUACAAGUUGCCCAACUGCUCCAACUGCUCCUGGUACCUUGACCUGGUAGAUUGGUUCAGUUCCUGGAUAAUGUGCUAUUAAUAGCUGUCCUGCAGCAGGUACUUCAUCAGGAAUUACUGGUGCUUCUGAUCUCUUCUGCAAAUCUUGUCCUGGUACUCCUAAUGGCUAAGUUCAAGCUAUCUAUGCUAAUUUUGCAUAAAAUGCUUGUGUUGCUGCAAGUGCAAGUUGUAGUAAUACAAGAACUCCUAAUACAUGGAAUAAUGCAGAUUGCCUUAUUUGUCAUGGAACUAGCGCCAAAUAUGCUAAGGGGGAUGGAUCUGAUUGCUAAGCAACUCCACCUGGUGCUGAUGUUACUUGCUCUACUAAUGCAUGUACAAGUUGCCCAACUGCUCCAACUGCUCCUGGUACCUUGACCUG